AUGAGUAUUUAUAAUACAUAAUAUUUAGGUGUUUAACCAAACAAUUCUGUUUAAAUUCAUGAUGAUUUAGCAUAAGAACUGCUGUUCCUCCUUGAUGUGUAGAAGUUCUCAAUUAUCAUCUUUUGA